AUGGCAGCAGGCAACAGGCCGAUCACCCACGGACCUGCCGAGCAACUCGAGCGCAUACACCGUAGCCCACGACCAUUCAUCUCCCUUGACUUGUGCGAUGAGAGACGACACUUUCAACUCGUUGUACCGCUCCGCGCUCGACACCAUCCACCACUUCUCUACGCCAUAUUCGCCCUCUCAGCGCGCCAUCUAAGCCGUCUGCCGAAAUACAAAACACCCCAGGGAAUUCUCUACCAAGGCCAAUUGCUCCCCAAACUCACACCCCACGACGCAGUAGAAUACACGUUGAAAUGCAUCCCCGCCCUACGAGACUUCCACCUCAUCCAAGACGACGAAAAGCUAGAGAGCAUCAUCGCCACAGCGGUUAUUCUCCGGCAGUUGGAGGAGAUCGACGACGAAGAAGAUCAAGAGCAGGAGCGGAACCAAAGGCGGAACGCAAAACCUCAGGUCAAUUUCCUAGCUAUCAUAGACGCUGUCCUGAGAAGUCCACCGUCGCGGACCCUCUUUGGCCGCCGAUCACUUAUCCAAGCGGCGUAUUGGAUGGCCGUUCGCCAGGAACUGUACCACUCGUUUACAAAGCGUCAUCCGCCGAAGAUGGUUCUAGAUCCCGAGUAUGGACAUGGUGCGUCCAAGGCGAAUAAGAUUGUUCUUCACACGGCGCAGGUUGCGAAAUGGCGAUGGGCUGAUGGUUCAGAACAAGAAUGGCUGCGACUUCAGAAGCAGGGCGAGGUUCUGGAGGACGAAGCACGGAGAGAGUAUCAGCCGUUCUAUGUACGACCAGCUGACAGGUCGAAUGGAGAAAUAUUCCCGAUAAUCUGGUACUCGUCCGCACUGGAGGUGACAACCAUGCAGCUCAGCAUCAUAGCGAAGAUGGUGCUAAUGGCAGAGAACCCCUUCCUCGGGUAG